GGGGAGAGACCCUACAAAUGCAGUGAGUGUGGGAAAACCUUCAAUCGCAGCUCACACCUUAUUGCCCAUCAGAAAAUCCACACAGGGGUUAGGCCCUAUAAAUGCUGUGAGUGUGGAAAAUGCUUCACUGAGAGUUCAGACCUUUCUGUACAUCAGAGAAUCCACACAGGGGAGAGGCCCUACAAAUGCAGUGAGUGUGGGAAAACCUUCAAUCGCAGUUCGGACCUUAUUAGACAUCAGAGAAUCCACACAGGGGACAGGCCCUAUGAAUGCAGUGAGUGUGGGAAAACCUUCAAUCGCAGAUCAGGCCUUUCUAGACAUCAGAGAAUCCACACAGGGGACAGGCCCUACGAAUGCAGAGAGUGUGGGAAAACCUUCACUCAAAUAUCAGCCCUUUCUCAACAUCAGAGAACCCACACAGGGGACAGGCCCUAUGAAUGCAGAGAGUGUGGGAAAACCUUCACUCAAAUAUCAGCCUUUUCUCAACAUCAGAGAAUCCACACAGGGGAGAGGCCCUUUGAAUGCCGUGAGUGUGGGAAAACCUUCACUUACAAAUCAGGCCUUUCUAGACAUCGGAGAAUCCACACAGGGGAAAGACCCUACGAAUGCCGUGAGUGUUGUAAAACCUUCAGUCGCAGCUCGCACCUUAUUACCCUUUCUCUUCAUCAGAGAAUCCACACAGGGGAGAGGCCCUAUGAAUGCAGAGAGUGUGGGAAAACCUUCAAUCACCGCUCACACCUUAUUACCCAUCAGAGACUCCACACAGGGGAGAGGCCCUAUAAAUGCUGUGAGUGUGGAAAAUGCUUCACGAAGAGUUCAGCCCUUUCUCAGCAUCAGAGAAUCCACACAGGGGAGAGGCCCUAUGUAUGCCAUGAGCCAGAGGAAAACUACAGUAGCCACUCAGCCCUUAUUCCACGCAACAGAAUCAACUUGGAAGAGAGACGCUACAUGUGCCACGAGUGCGGGAAAAGCUUCGGGCAGAGCUCUCACCUUAUCAGACAUCAGAGAAUCCACACAGGGGAGCUGCCCUACACAUGUUCUGAGUGCGGGAAAAGCUUCAGGUGGAGCUCUCACCUUAUCACACAUGAGAGAAUCCACACAGGGGAGAAGCCCUACACGUGCUCUGAGUGCGGGAAAAGCUUCAAUCGGAGCUCUGUCCUGAGCGCACACAGGAGAAUCCACACAGGGGAGACGCCCUACACGUGCUCUGAGUGCGGGAAAAGCUUCAGUCAGAGCUCACACCUUAUCAGACAUCGGAGAAUCCACACAGGUGAGAAACCAAAUGGAUGCUCUGAGUGCGGGAAAUGCUUCAGGGAUAUUUCAGCCCUCAUCUCACAUCAGAGAAUCCACACAGGGGAGAAGCCCUACACAUGCUCUGCAUGUGGGAAAAGCUUUAAUCAGCGCUCAAACCUUAUUACACAUCAGAAAAUCCACUUGGAAGAGACAAACUACACAUGCCAUGAGUGCGGGAAAAGCUUCAGUCGGCGCUCAAGCCUUAUCAGACAUCAGAGAAUCCACACAGGGGAGACGCCCUACACGUGCGCUGAGUGCGGGAAAAGCUUCAAUCUGCGCUCAAGCCUUAUCAGACAUCAGAGAAUCCACACAGGGGAGACGCCCUACACGUGCGCUGAGUGUGGGAAAAGCUUCAAUCUGCACUCAAGCCUUAUCACACAUCAGAGAAUCCACACAGGAGAGCAGCCCUACACGUGCGUUGAGUGCGGGAAAAGCUUCAGUCAGCGCUCACACCUUAUCAGACAUCAGAGAAUCCACACAGGGGAGACGCCCUACACGUGCGCUGAGUGCGGGAAAAGCUUCAGUCUGCGCUCAAUCCUUAUCACACAUCAGAGAAUCCACACAGGGGAGACGCCCUACACGUGCGCUGAGUGCGGGAAAAACUUCAGUCAGCGCUCACACCUUAUCACACACCAGAGAAUCCACACAGGGGAGACGCCCUACACGUGCUCUGAGUGUGGGAAAAGCUUCAGUUGGUGCUCAAGCCUUGUCACACACCAGAGAAUCCACACAGGGGAGACGCCCUACACGUGCUCUGAGUGCGGGAAAAGCUUCAGUCAGCGCUCACACCUUAUCACACACCAGAGAAUCCACACAGGGGAGACGCCCUACACGUGCUCUGAGUGUGGGAAAAGCUUCAGUCGGCGCUCACACCUUAUCAGACAUCAGACAAUCCACACAGGGGAGAAGCCCUACACAUGCUCUGAGUGCGGGAAAAGCUUCAGUCGGCGCUCAAACCUUAUCACACAUCAGAGAAUCCACACAGGGGAGAUACGCUACAUGUGCCAUGAGUGCGGGAAAAGCUUCAAUGGGAGCUCUCACCUUAUCAGACAUGAGAGAAUCCACACAGGGGAGACGCCCUACACGUGCUCUGAGUGCGGGAAAAGCUUUAGUCAGAGCUCUCCCCUUAUCACACAUCGGAGAAACCACAAGCGGGGGAAGCCCUACACGUGCUCUGAGUGCGGGAAUAGCUUUGGGCGGAGGUCUCACCUUAUCAGACAUGAGAGAAUCCACACUGGGGAGACGCCCUACACGUGCUCUGAGUGUGGGAAAAGCUUCAAGCAGAGCUUUGCCCUGAGCGCACACAGGAGAAUCCACACAGGGGAGAAGCCCUACACGUGCUCUGAGUGUGGGAAAAGCUUCAGUCGGAGCUCACGCCUUAUCAGACAUCGGAGAAUCCACACAGGAGAGACGCCCUACACAUGCCAUGAGUGCGGGAAAAGCUUCAGACAGAGCUCAACCCUUAUCAGACAUCGGAGAAUCCACACAGGAGAGACGCCCUACACAUGCUCUGAGUGCGGGAAAAGCUUCAAUCAACGCUCUGCCCUUAUCAGACAUCAGAGAAUCCACACAGGGGAGACGCCCUACACGUGCGCUGAGUGCGGGAAAAGCUUCAAUCUGCGCUCAAGCCUUAUCAGACAUCAGAGAAUCCACACAGGGGAGACGCCCUACAUGUGCGCUGAGUGUGGGAAAAGCUUCAAUCUGCGCUCACACCUUAUCACACAUCAGAGAAUCCACACAGGAGAGCAGCCCUACACGUGCGUUGAGUGCGGGAAAAGCUUCAGUCAGCGCUCACACCUUAUCAGACAUCAGAGAAUCCACACAGGGGAGACGCCCUACACGUGCGCUGAGUGCGGGAAAAGCUUCAAUCUGCACUCAAGCCUUAUCACACAUCAGAGAAUCCACACCGGAGAGCAUCCCUACACGUGUGCUGAGUGCGGGAAAAGCUUCAGUCAGCGCUCACACCUUAUCAGACAUCAGAGAAUCCACACAGGAGAGACGCCCUACACGUGCGCUGAGUGCGGGAAAAGCUUCAGUCUGCGCUCAAUCCUUAUCACACAUCAGAGAAUCCACACAGGGGAGACGCCGUACACGUGCGCUGAGUGCGGGAAAAACUUCAGUCAGCGCUCACACCUUAUCACACACCAGAGAAUCCACACAGGGGAGACGCCCUACACGUGCUCUGAGUGUGGGAAAAGCUUCAGUUGGUGCUCAAGCCUUGUCACACACCAGAGAAUCCACACAGGGGAGACGCCCUACACGUGCUCUGAGUGCGGGAAAAGCUUCAGUCAGCGCUCACACCUUAUCACACACCAGAGAAUCCACACAGGGGAGACGCCCUACACGUGCUCUGAGUGUGGGAAAAGCUUCAGUCGGCGCUCACACCUUAUCAGACAUCAGACAAUCCACACAGGGGAGAAGCCCUACACAUGCUCUGAGUGCGGGAAAAGCUUCAGUCGGCGCUCAAACCUUAUCACACAUCAGAGAAUCCACACAGGGGAGAUGCCCUACACAUGCCAUGAGUGUGGGAAAAGCUUCAAUGGGAGCUCAGACCUUGUCACUCAUCAGAGAAUGCACAGAGGAGAGAGACCCUACAUGUGCUCCGAGUGCGGGAAAAGCUUCCGUCAGAGCUCUACCCUUAUCACACACUGGAGAACCCACACUGGAGAGAAACCCUACAUGUGCUCUGAGUGCGGGAAAUGUUUCAAUCAAAGCUCUGCCCUUAUCACACAUCGGAGAAUCCACACAGGUGAGAAACCUUAUGGAUGUUCUGAGUGUGGGAAACACUUCCUUGAUAGUUCAACCCUCAUCUCACAUCAGCGAAUUCACACAGGAGAGAGACCCUACACGUGCUCUGAGUGCGGGAAAAGCUUUAGUCGGCGCUCACACCUUAUCACACAUCUUAGAAUCCACACAGGAGAGAUGCCCUACACGUGCUCUGAGUGCGGGAAAUGCUUCACUGAUAGUUCAGCCCUCAUAUCACAUCAGAGAAUCCACACAGGGGAAAUGCCCUAUACAUGCUCCGAGUGCGGGAAACGCUUCAAUUGGAGCUCACACCUUAUCACACACAGGAGAAUCCACACAGGUGAGAAACCUUUUGGAUGCUCUGAGUGUGGAAAAAGCUUCAGUCAGCACUCCCACCUUCUCACACAUUGUAGAAUCCACACAGGAGAGAAACCCUACACGUGCUCUGAGUGCGGGAAAAGCUUCAGUUGGAGCUCACACCUUAUCAGGCAUCAGAAAAUCCACGUAAGA